AUGGAUAAAUCUUGGAUGCACAAGAGUAGAUUGUCUAAAGAUUAUGAGUUGGGUGUGGAAAACUUCAUCAAAUUUGGAUUUUCUAAUACAACUAGCUCCUAUAUUCGUUGUCCUUGUUUGAAAUGUGGGAAUUGUGAAAAACAUAGUAGAAAGGGUGUUAGAGAUCACUUGCAUGUUAAUGGUAUUGAUGAAAGUUAUAAAAUUUGGUUUUGGCAUGGGGAAGAACUUCCUAACUCAUCCUUCUAUGAUGAAUCUUCAAAGUUUGACAACCAUACAUGUGAAGAUCGGGAUGUUGGAAGUGUAAAAGAAAUGAUUGAAGUUGCUCAUGAGGAGUAUUCAAAAGACCCAACUGGAUUUGAGAAGUUGCUUAUUGAUGCUGAAAAACCAUUGUACGAAGGAUGCAAAAAGUACACAAAGUUGUCUACUCUAGUCAAAUUGUAUAAUUUAAAAGUUAGGUAUGGAUGGAGUGAUACUAGUUUUUCAGAAUUACUUGAAACUUUGAAGGAAAUUCUGCCUACUACCAAUGAGCUCCCGAAUUCAUUAAAAGAAUUUGCUAAUGCAAUUGAAUGUCUUGAAUGUGAUCAAUCAAGGUGGAAAAACGUCAAGGAUACAAAUGAAAGGAAAAAGCAAAUUCCCUCUAAAGUGAUAUGGUACUUUCCAAUCAUUCCACGAUUUAAAAGGCUAUUAAGAAGCAUUGAAUGUGCUGAAAACUUGACUUGGCAUUCUACUGAAAGAAUUAAUGAUGGUAAGUUACGACAUCCAGCAGACUCUCCAGCAUGGAAGUUAGUAGACAUGAAAUGGCCAGACUUCGGUUCUGAACCCAGAAAUCUUCGUUUAGCAUUGUCAGUCGAUGGAGUAAAUCCUCAUGGUGACAUGAGUUCUAAAUACAGUUGUUGGCCGGUAGUGAUGGUUAUUUACAAUCUUCCACCAUGGUUGUGUAUGAAAAGAAAGUACAUGAUGCUAUCAAUGCUAAUUUCAGGACCAAAACAACCAGGGGAUGACAUAGACAUAUACUUAGCACCACUAAUUGAAGAUUUAAAACUUUUAUGGAAAAGUGGUGUUGAAUGUUAUGAUGCUUAUCGAGAAGAACCAUUCAACUUAAGGUCAGUUUUGUUGUGGACAAUCAAUGAUUUUCCUGCAUAUGGUAACCUUAGUGGAUGUUGUGUGAAAGGGUAUAAAGCAUGCCCAAUUUGUGGAGAUAAUACAAAUUCUAUAAGGUUAAAGUAUGGGAAGAAAAUGGCAUACCUUGGACAUCGUAGAUUUUUGGCACGAAAUCAUCCGUAUCGACGACAAAAGAAGUCAUUCAAUGGUAAAAAAGAACUUGAUACAAUUCCAGAGCCACUUUCUGGGGAGGAUGUGUAUUUAAAAUUGAAAGAUCGAGAAUUUUCUAGAGGGAAGAAGAACCAUAAGAAACGGCUGAUGAACAGAAGUGACAAAAUUUGUUGGAAUAGAUUAUCUUCUUUUUUUGAGUUGCCAUACUGGAAGGAUCUUCAUGUUAGACAUUGUUUAGAUGUGAUGCACAUUGAAAAAAAUGUUUGCAUGAAUAUCUUAGGUACACUUCUUGAUAUUCCUGGGAAAAGUAAGGAUGGAUUGAAUGCUAGACGCGAUUUAGUUGAUCUAAAACUUCGACCAGAGCUUGCCCCUAUCAGUAGUGAAAAGAAAAUAUUCAUUCCGCCCGCGUGUUAUACUCUUACAAAGGAUGAAAAACGAUGUGUUUUGAAGACUUUGUCUGAAAUAAAGGUUCCUGAAGGUUACUCUUCCAAUAUUAGAAACCUUGUGUCAAUGACAGAUUUAAAACUUAAUAGUUUAAAAUCUCAUGAUUGUCAUGUGCUCAUACAACAGUUGUUUCCCAUUGCGAUAAGAUCAGUGCUACCGAAACAUGUUCGUUAUGCUAUAACUAGGUUGUGCGUCUUUUUCAAUUCUGUAUGCAACAAGGUAUUAGACGUACAACAACUAGACAAGUUGGAAGAAGAUAUUGUGGUAACAUUGUGUUUGUUUGAAAAAUUCAUGAAGGUCAUUAAAAACUCUGUGAGGAAUAGAUAUCGUCCAGAAGGUUGUAUUGCUGAAAGUUAUUUAAUAGAAGAAGCUGUUGAAUUUUGUACUGAUUUCUUAUCUGGAGUAGAUCCCAUUGGACUUGGGACUCGCAAGUCACAAGACCAUUUAGAUACUUCAAACAUUGGUAGACCAUUGUCCAUGGGAGUUCCUUUCAAACCUCAACAAGAACUUCUACAUCAAGCUCAUCAAUAUGUUUUGGAAAAUACAGUCGAUGUCCAACCAUAUACAGAGUAUCAACUGAGCUUGAAGUUGGAAAUGCUGGAGUUUCAGAUAACUUACGAUGGAUUGCUCAUGGCCCUCAUCCUUUUGUUAUUAGAUAUAGUGGUUAUGCAAUCAAUGGAUGUCGCUAUCACACACAAUCUUGUGAUAAAGAACGAAGUGUACAAAACAGUGGAGUUAGCUUAG